GCGCAGGCGCGGUGUGGGCGGCGGCGAGCAGCGUGCGGCAUGUCGGCGCUGCGCUGGGGCUGCGGCGCCUCCGGUCUCCGGAGGGCCCUGUGGCCUGCGGGACGCCCCGGCCUCCUGGCCGAGGAAGGGGCCUUCAGUGGUGUGUGGGGCCGCAGAAGGAGCCUGUCCGCCAGCCCAUGUGAGCAAGACCGCCGGAAGGACUGGCGCCACGCGGAGCUGCUGGAGGUGCUCGAGGCGCGGGUGCGGCAGCUGCAGGCCGAGUGUGUGUCGGAGGUGACCGUGAAGAGGGUUGGCCUGGCCCAACUCCCAGAAGCAGGUGGCUUCCAGACACGAAGGAAGGCCCAGAAGGGGGGUGAGGGCGCCGCCCCAGGAUCCUGUGACCACUGGGUGCAGAAACUGGACAAGGAGAAGUGGACGAUGCGGCGGCACAAGCAGCAGCUGGAGGCGAAGCUGCAGGUGCGGGCCCAGCAGCUGGCCUGUGAGCACAGGCUGCGGAGGGUGCCGCAGCUGCGGAGCGCCCCGCUGGCCGAGCGCCUGCUGCGCUGGGAGCAGGGCGCCCCCAGGAGCCCCUGGGAGGAACAGCUGGCUCGGCUGCUGCAGGAGGCCCCGCAGAAGCUGAGCUUGGAGGCAGAGCAGGCCCACAAGGCGGGGGGCCCCUCCUCGCGGCUGGAGACCCAGCAGCAGAGGCUCCUGGCCUUCCUGGAGUGCUGCCUGCUGUCGGGCCACCUGCCUCUCGCCCACCACGUGCUGGUCACCUGCCACGGGACGUGGCGGCAGCAGCGGAUGCUCACGCUGGCCAUGUACAACACCGUCAUGCUGGGCUGGGCACGCAAGGGCUCCUUCCGAGAGCUGGUGUACGUGUUCUUCAUGGUGAAAGAUGCCGGCCUCACCCCAGACCUGCUGUCCUAUGCAGCUGCACUCCAGUGCAUGGGGCGGCUGGGCCAGGACGCCAGGACCGUCCAAAGGUGUCUGGAUCAGAUGGCCCAGGACGGGCUGCAGCUGCAGGACAUCUUCACCAGCGUGCCGCUGUGCCCCAGGGAGCAGGCUGCGCUCCUGCAGGCGGUGCGCAAGGCCCAGCCCGCCUUCAGCCCUCCGCUGAGGCCCCAGCCCGAGCCCCAGGUCAACAGCUCACCGCUGCUCAGGGAGAUCUACGCCCAGGAGGGCCCCACAUCCUACCCCAAGCUGCACCUGCCUCUGCAGAAGCUGAAGGCCCUUUUCCAGGAGCAGCUGCGCGUGGAGAUGGCCACCACCGUCACUGUGGAGUCGGUGGAGAAGGCCCAGACGCCGACCGAGGAGGUUCUGCACGCGCGGAAUACCCUGAAGCAGCUGCGCGCCACGUGGGUGGAGGAGCUGUGCGCGGGGCUGCAGGAGGUCAAGGCGAGUGAGGCCCGAGCCGCCCGCACCGGCCGCCCCACGCUCUUCCCGUACCUAUGCCUGCUCACCGAGGAGGAGCUCGCCCAGCUGCUGCUGCAGACCCUGCAGGUGCUGCCCCCGCAGGGAGAGUCGCUCCUCUCGCUGGCACAGCAGCUGGGCCUGCGCGUCUUCAACCGGUACGCGGUGCAGAAGCAGCAGCUCAGCCAGGUGCAGGCGCUGCAGCAGCGCUACUAUCAGUACCUGCACCUGCUGGCCUCGGACACCCAGGUGGCGGUGCCCUGCCUGCCACGACAGUACUGGGAGACGCUGGGGACGCCGGAGGCCCCCCAUGAGCAGCCCUGGCCCCUGCCUGUGCUGGUGCAUCUGGGCAAGCGGCUGGCCGAGAUGCUGGUGGAGGUGGUGCGCAUGCCCGGCAGCCUGGCCGCCCCUCAGGGCUCCUGCACGCUCAUCCCCGUGCUCUACCACGUGUACUCCUUCCGCAGCUUCCGCCAGAUCGGGAUCCUGAAGCCCCACCCGGCCUUCACGCAGCUGCUGGCGACUGCAGCGGAGCACACGCUGACCUUUGAGGCGGCCGAGGUGCCCAUGCUGUGCCCGCCAGUGCCCUGGACGUCACCGCACACGGGCGCCUUCCUUCUGAGUCCCACGAAGCUCAUGCGCUCCCUGGAGGGGACCAUGCAGCACCAGCGCCUGCUGGACAGCUGCCCGCCCGCCGAGCUGCACGGCGCCCUGGACGCCCUCACCCAGCUGGGCAACUGCGCCUGGCGCGUCAACGAGCGCGUGCUGGACCUGGUGCUGGAGCUCUUCGCCGCCAAGGGCUGCCCCCGCCUGGGCGUGCCGGCCCCGCCCUCUGAGGCGCCUCGGCCGCCCGAGGGCCGCCUGCCGCCCGACGCCUCGCCUGCCCAGAAGGCCGAGCUGCGGCGGGAGCUGGCCCGCUGCCUGAAGGUGGCGCGGGAGAUGCACAGCCUGCGGUCGGACGCGCUGUACCGCCUCUCGCUGGCCCAGCACCUGCGCCACCGCGUCUUCUGGCUGCCCCACAACAUGGACUUCCGAGGCCGCACCUACCCCUGCCCGCCCCACUUCAACCACCUGGGCAGCGACCUGGCCCGUGCCCUGCUGGAGUUUGCCCAGGGCCGCCCGCUUGGCCCCAACGGCCUCGACUGGCUCAAGAUCCACCUGGUCAACCUCACCGGGCUCAAGAAGUCCGAGCCGCUGCGGGCCCGCCUGCGCUUCGCCGACGAGAUGAUGGAGGACAUCCUGGACUCUGCCGACCGGCCCAUGACGGGCCGGAAGUGGUGGAUGGAGGUGGACGAGCCCUGGCAGGCGCUGGCCUGCUGCAUGGAGAUCGCUCGGGCUGUGCGCGCUCCCGACCCCACGGCCUACGUUUCUCAUUUCCCCGUCCACCAGGACGGCUCCUGUAACGGCCUGCAGCACUAUGCCGCCCUCGGCCGGGACAGCGUCGGGGCCGCCUCUGUCAACCUGCUGCCAUCGGACGUGCCACAGGACGUGUACAGCAGAGUGGCCGCGCAGGUGGAGGCGGUCCGCAGACAGGACGCACGGCGGGGGGUGCAGGUCGCCCAGGUGCUCGAGGGCUUCGUCAGUCGCAAGGUGGUGAAGCAGACGGUGAUGACGGUGGUGUACGGGGUCACGCGCUACGGGGGCCGCCUGCAGAUCGAGAGGCGCCUGCGGGAGCUCGGCUCCUUCCCCCAGGAGUUCGUGUGGGAGGCCUCUCACUACCUGGUGCGCCAGGUGUUCAACAGUCUCCAGGAGAUGUUCUCCGGCACUCGGGCCAUCCAGCACUGGCUGACUGAGAGCGCCCGGCUCAUCGCCCACUCGGGCUCGGCCGUGGAGUGGGUCACGCCCCUGGGCAUCCCCAUCAUCCAGCCCUACCACCGGGACUCCAAGGUCUUGAUCAGCGGUGGGAUCCAGAGCCUCACCUUCAGCAACAGUGGGGACACCAGCCAGAAGCCCAACACGCUGAAGCAGAAGAACGGCUUCCCCCCUAACUUCAUUCACUCGCUGGACUCCUCACACAUGAUGCUCACAGCCCUGCACUGCUACAGGAAGGGCCUGACCUUCGUCUCUGUACACGACUGCUUCUGGACACACGCCGCCGACGUGGAAGUCAUGAACCAGGUGUGCCGAGAACAGUUUGUCCGCCUCCACAGCCAGCCCAUCCUGCACAACCUGUCCAGGUUCCUGACAAAGCGGUUCUGCUCUGGCAUCAGGUUCCCACUGCACUCCAAGAGCAUGAGGACUGACAAGCUGCAGGACACGCUGAAGUCGGUGCCUAAGACAGGGUCCUUCGACCUGAAGCAGGUGAACCACUCCACCUACUUCUUCAGCUGACGCGCCCCGGACCGGCCUGUACCGUAGUGUAAAUAAAGCUGUUGUCACCGCCGGUCUCGGGGCGCCUGAGCCCCUGCGGCCUGGCACCGAGCAGUCGGACGCGGGCAGUCUGGACGCCAA